GUACUUUAACAACAAAACAAAGCAAAAAUCUCCAUUCAAUCCCCUGCCAUCUCUUCUUUUUCUCUCCCCGUUCUCUGCGUCGCCGGUCGACUUGAUACCAUGGACGGCUCACCAAUGAACCGUCUACCACAAGACACUCUCCACCAGAUUUUCUCAUCUCUCCCACUUCGUCAAAUCAUGAUUUGCAGAUCCGUCUGUAAGUUCUUCAAUCAAAUGUUGACCUCACCAUUCUUCGUGGACCUAAUUUCCACCCAGCCCCCGCUGCGCUUCCUCGCUCUCCGCCCUCCACACCACCACCACCACCACCAUCAAAGACAAAACAGUCACGUCUCAGCCGUACCUUACCUCCACGUGUUCGAUCCAGACCAGAAUCAAUGGCUCAAGUUCAGUCUCAGCUUUUUACCUUUCAGGUCACCUCACCCGGUGGCGUCAGCGAGUGGACUCAUUUACCUCUGGGGUGAAUCACCCACCUCGAUCGAAUCAAACAGGUCACUCGUUGUCUGUAACCCCUUGACCCGCCAAUUUCAGGUGCUCCCUCAACUUGGCUCGGCCUGGUCACGACACGGAUCUGUCCUGGUUGACUCCGUUAACCACCGAGUCAUGGUAUUAACUGAACUCGCUGCUUUAUAUUUCUCGAACACAAACAAGACAAACUCGUGGUUAACUUUCUCCGCUAAUUUACCAUCAAAACCCAGAAGCCCAAUUCUAUUAUCGGACUCUGUUUUCGCUUUAUGCGAUGUUGGGUCUCCAUGGAGAUCUCAAUGGAAGCUUUUUACAUGUAUACUGUCGAAACUUAAUAACAAUUAUAACAAUUGGGUUUGUUUAGAAAGGCAUGAAUGGGGAGAUAUUCUUGAUAUUAUAAAACGACCACGUUUGGUUCGGGGAAAGGGAAAUAAAUUGUUGAUGAUUGGAGGGUUAAAGUCGGAUUUAUCGUUGAAUCCAUCGUGUUCGACGAUUUUGAUAUUGAGGCUGGAUUUAGAGAGAUUGGAAUGGGAGGAGGCAGGGAGAAUGCCGGAGGACAUGUAUAGGAGUUUUCAGGAAUCGAGUAAGUUGAAGGUUUUUGGUGGCGGGGAUAGGGUUUGUUUCUCGGCCAAGAGAAUGAGGAAAUUGGCUUUGUGGGAUGAUUGUGAUGGUGUUGUUUGGAGGUGGAUUGAAGGAGUGCCUGGAGGUGGAGAUGGGCUUUGCAGAGGGUUUGUUUUUGAGGCUGGUCGUACUGCAUUGCCUUGAACUGUUGCAAACAUACUUCAAGGCAAGAAGAGGCAAGAAGAUAUGUUUCCGGGAGUAAAUCUUCUGAAUUUUAAAUUUCAACGAGUGUAAAGAAUGGAUCCAUGGAAGGUUUGUCGGAGAAGAUUUCUGCCUGCAAAAAGUUUUCUUCGGUUGAUUCACCUGUUUCUCGAGAACUCUAUAUGUGGUUGAAUCACGGGGAGAUGAGGUUCCAAUUACAGCCACAGCUGUUUUCAACCUAGGAUGAUCUUAAGGUCCCUGUUUUCCGAAGUUUUAAUCAAUCCCUCUUAUGAUUCUCGUUUAUUGUCCAGCCAGAAAUAAGCCCUUUAAAUUUAUCCCUUUUCUAUUUAGAAAAAAAGAAAAGAUUUCUUAUAUUGGACAACUGCAAUGCAUCUGGUUGGUUGUGGAUUAUGAUGGUGGCUAUACAACUUGCAUUUGUCUUUACUUUGAUUAAUUAUGAACUCAAAGCCUGUACCUAAUCCCUAAUUAUUGACCUUUUGUUUAA